AUGGCGGCGGCGGAGGAGUGUCUCCCGAUUUUCAUCUCGAAGCUGAGCUCGAUCUUGAACGAUACGCUGAUCUUCCAUCUUCUUCUGAUGAAUUAGGUUUGUUCUUUUUCUCUUUCGCUCUUAUUUCAGCUGAAAUCUUUGAUUUUGAAUUUAUUUUGUAUUUGUGGUUUAUCAAUAAGCUAGCAAUGUAUUGAACUGAUUUGUGCUUUGAAUUGAUUAAAAAUUGAAUAAUUCUGUGUUAUUUUGUUGAUAUUAUAGUUUAUUCCAGUGAAUUUAGUUUUGUAGGGUGGAAAAUGAUGCAACUAUAUGGAAUUAGAACUCUCAAUUGUUAGUCUAAGUUAAAGUUUGUUAACUAGGUCAUAAUCUGGUAAAUUAUAUAACAGCUUCAUUCAGAGUGUUCAUGUUGAUCAGAUUAGUGCUUGGAGUGUAGAUAAGAUAACAAGUUUGGCUGUGUAAGUCUACUAUUUAGACGAGGAUGUGGUUUUUGAAUUCAUGAUAAUGUUACUAACUCAAGAGAACUCAUUGUGGUUAAGAUCACGAAAAGGUUGUUUUUGUUCGUGUCUUUUAAGAAUAUUUUUCAGAUGAGAGUGUGGUAUUUGAAAUUAAGAUAAUCUUCGCUUGAGAGAGCACUCACUUUGGAGAAAAAUGGAUUAUGAAAGUGUUGCUUAAAUUGUUGUAUAUAAGUAUGAUUCAGUUGAGGAUGAGUUAUAGAAAUUAAAAUAACUCUCUCUUGAGGGAGCACUCAUUGCAAGCCAGAUCAUGGUUAUGUUGCUCAUUUUAAUGUAUAAGUGCACAGAAUGCGUUCACAAUAUAUGAAGGAUUUCUUCUCAAGAAAUGGCAAAAUUGGCAAAAAAUAAUUCGCUUGUUUUUGCUCCAAUAUGUGAGCUAGUACCAUAUUGAUUUUUUUUUUUGUAAAAUAGUAACUUGAAUAUAUUUUUAUAUUAAAUAACAGUACCUCAGUACCUUGAAUUAAAAAAUUUUAAAUAUUAAAAACAGUAUCUUAAUGCCAUUUUGUGGCCAAUAUGUCAAGUUUCCGGCUAUUGACUUCUGUUUCCUCACCAAUAUUAUGCGCGUGAUGUACAAUUGCAAGAACUAGAAUGCACCCAUGCUAAUGCAUGAGAUAUAAGUAUGUUGUUAAGAAAAAAAAUUAGUAUAAGUGGAAGUUACAUAAAUUGAAAGUUAUAUAUUUUUUUUGUUAAAGGAAGUUUUUUUUUUUUUUCUCAGUAUAAUUUGGGAUGUGGGAGUUAUUUAGAGUUAUUUUCUAAUAUAUAUAUAUAUAUAUAUAUAAAGAGAAUGCAUGAGUUGGGGGUUUGGAGUGAUGUGAUGAAGUGUUGCAAAAACGACUUUUAAAUUAUAUAAAAGAUGUUUGUGGGUUUGUAAGAUAAAAAAACAAGGGCAAUUGAAAGGGUAUUGUAUCUAUGGAGUAACAAUAAGGGUGAGUUUGGGAGGACUUUUUUUGGAAAUUAAGAUGAUGUAACUAGCUUUGUGGAGCAUUUAUCUUGUGAGCUCCCAGCUACUAAGAGCGAUCACAUAAAUGAGUUUUUUGAAUCUUUGGAGAGGGCAGCGGAUAUAUAGGGAAUUGAGUUGUUUGGCAUGGAAAUUAGGGAGUGUGCUAAGAAAAUACUUCUACGGGCACGGGGCGCUGGAUUCUGGAUUUUGAUACUUAGAAUGAGGUCUGUCUUUGCAUUUAUAGGUUAACUUAAAGAUGAGAAAAGUUAUGGAAAUCAAUUUGUAAUGUAACAAGUGUUAGUUACAGGUGCAUGCUAUGUUGCUUUGCUACAUAUUCCACAUUUCAGGAAAGAUUUCUUAUCUGCAACUGGUUGAUCUCUUGAAAUGACAAGUAAGAAUGUCCUCCGUCCUCACUCUGCUAGUAACAUUAAAUAGAAAAUGAAGCGGCGAAGACGGAUGCUUCUGGAUAUCAUUUUGUGCCCUUCUCCUAUGAAAACUCUACUGAUUCCAGUGACCAGAAAAAUCUUGACGUGACAACGGACACUUCUGUGUUUCAUCCUCCAUUUACAGUGCCUGAAAGUUUACUACAAAAUCUGGUAAGCUGAUCCCUUUUCAGUUAUACAUCUUACACAUGGCUUCUCUAAGUGUUUUAAGAAGUUGAUGAUUUUUUUUCCUCUUUGGAUAAAUAGCUGAUGUAAACAAAUGGUAUUUGUCUGAUGUGCAUAUGUUAUUCUGAGGCUUACUAUGUCUAAGUUUUCAGAUGCUUGGAGCAGGUGGACUUCUUCUGACCUAAAGUUGCCAUUCAGGGGCACAUUGUUCCCUUUUGAUGUGAUGACAGAUGGGCCAUGCAGGUGGGAUUAGGAUGAUGAAGUUAAUUACUUUACCUGGAAAUUCACAUCAUCAUAGUCGCGUGGAGCAUAUGGAAUGAAAUGUUUCCUCAUAGAAUUUUGAUAUUUUAUCGUUUAAGAUUAUCAAGCUCUAUGUGAGAUGCUACUUAUCAAGUUCCCUUGGCUUUUAUUAUUCUUGGUUCUCUACAAGAUUUUAGAUAAAUUUAACAUGUGAGAAUUUCUUCUCUUUAUUAAUGCAUGUUUUUGUUUUCCUCUGAUUCUUUUCAGCCUCCUACGGAUAAAGUGCAUCAUAUUAUUGCAAGGACUGCUUUGUUUGUUGGAGAAAAUGGUGGCCAGUCUGAAAUUGUUUUAAGAGUAAAACAGGGAGAUAACCCAACAUUUGGAUUUUUGAUGCCUCACCAUCAUCUACACCCAUACUUCAGAUAUCUCGUUGAUCACCCAGAGCUUCUGAAAGCUGACCGUGAUAGCAAGUCGCAGAGAGAGAACACAAAUGAGGAUCAAACUAUUGGAGCACUUUCUCUCCUGGGUUCAUUCUAUGGUACAGGAGAAGAUGAGGAUGUUGCAGCUGUGCCUAAUCAAGAAUCUGAUCAGGUUGACUCUGAUGAGACUACAGCAGUAGCUUUGAUGUCCAAGUCUCAUGCAGUAGAAAAAAUUACUGGUUCUGAAAGCGAGUCUGGAAAGGACGAGAUUGUUUCUAAAGUUGCACAUCCUUCUAAAGUGAAAGUGCCUUCAUCGAGUAAAAAUCGUAGUAGUAGCAUUAAGUCUGUAAAAGCGAAUGCCGUAAAUAAAGACUCCGGCACUUUAGCUUCUGCUGGUUCCAUCAUGGACAAGUCAAAAACUUCAAGUUUGUUUCCAGUUUCUGAAGUUGAAACGCUGCUUGUAGACCCUCCAACAGAAGUUAAAAGGUUGGUUGAUCGAAUAGUUGAGAUCAUCUUGAAGAAUGGUAGGGACUUUGAGGCAGUGCUUAUAGAGCAGGACAAAAAGCAUGGCAGGUUUCCAUUCUUGGUGCCAUCCAACCAGUAUCACCCGUAUUAUCUAAAGGUUCUGAAGAAAGUUCAAGAGUCCAGAUUAAGUGGUAAGAGUUUUAACUCUGAGACAGAAAAGAACACUGCUUCCAGGAAGGACAGUCAUAUCUCAUCAUCCGUGGGAUGUGGAUCUGAUGAUUCAGCGCUUGACUGUGACAAGAAAGAAAAGUUCAAAAUGGUAAUUAGCAAAUCAAAAAAAGAUGCACAUGAUCAUCCAUCCAAAGAGACUCAGCAGCACUCAGGAAUUACCGUGGAUGCAGCAGCAGCUGCAGCUAUACUUCAGGCUGCCACUAGAGGCAUUAAGAAACCUAAUUUGGAUAUAUUCUCCAAAACAUCUUUGAGUGGUGUAAGUCGUGGUUCCAGCAAUGAGGGUGGGCAGGCAUCAAGUUUUGGAAGCCUUCAGUCUUCACAAAAUCAAAGUUCAGGCCAAAAGUUUAUUGAAAAUCAGAAGUCCAAUGUUACAAUUCCUGUUGCUAAAGAAAUUGCCAAUACUGCUGCUCGUGCAGCAGCUGGUGAGGCGGACUCAUCUGAAGCUGGGAUGACCAAGGAGCAGAAGUUAAAGGCUGAAAGAUUGAGACGAGCAAAGAUGUUUGCAGCAAUGAUAAAGAGUGGUGUUGCACCAUUGGGUACAGAGCCCCAGGAGGCUUCAUCUGUAAAACCAUCCAGCUCCGAUUUCCCUGGCUCUGCCACUGAGGUAGCCAAUGGAGAAGUCAAAGAUAGAGAAGGAAGCUGUGUUCCAGGAGAGGCUGAGACUUCAAAAAGGAUUGAGAUGCCAGUAAGGAAUUCGUCUGACGAUGAAAUUGGAAGGAAAGCAAGAAAAAGCCGUCAUUAUAGGUCUCGAAUACAUGAUGGCAGUGAAGGAGAAGAAGAUGAGUACUUGGGGAAGAGUGGGAAUGAUGAAGAAUAUGAUGAUCCAAGGCAUUCUAGGAAGAAGCAUAGGUCACAUAAUUCCUCGAGGCAUCAUAGAGAUAGAAGCAAGGAUACUCACAAACAUCGAAAAAAGCAUUCAUUGUCAAGAAACAGAAAAUCUCAACAUAGACACAACCAUGAUCGCGCUUCUUCUCCCUAUGAGGAUGACAGACAUAACAGAUAUAAGUAUGAUAGCUCUUCUGAUUAUGAACAAAAGGGCCAUAAGCGUAAGCACAAGCAUGAUAGCUCUUCUGAUGAUGAACACAAGCGCCAUAAGCGAAAGUACAAGCAUGAUAGCUCUUCUGAUGAAGAUGAGCACAGACACCGGAAGCAAAAGCAUGAUAGCUCUUCUGAUGAAGAUGAGCACAGACACAGGAAGCACAAGCAUGAUAACUCUUCUGAUGAAGACAAGCACAGACACCAUAAACGUAAGCCAAAACACUACAGGAAAGAAGAAUACACACAUAAAAGAAAAUCUAGGAAGGGUGAGAGAAAAUCCCUAAGGGAGGAAAUUGAAUUGGAAGAAGGUGAGAUAAGAACCAAAUCUUCAGAUCAGUCUUCGUCAGCUAUAGGUGAUGAUGUUAGUGCAGAAGCCUCAGUUGAUGUUUCAAAGAUAUCUUACCAAGAUAAGGCUCCAUCUUUACCUCCUGAAACAACAGAAGUUCCUGAUGAGCUAAGAGCCAAAAUUCGGGCAAUGUUGCUUGCAACAAUGUAACUUCUUUUUGUAUUCAAUUUCUGUACCAUAUAACCUAUUUUUCUGACAUUUCUGGUUUUACCAUUCCACAAUGAAAGAUCGUUCUUUCUCAACUUAAA